UGCGAAUUUCAUACAACGCGAGACGGUUGAGCAUUGAGCGCCGCUAGAAUUCGGAAAGAUACACUACUUCAUUCCACAAAGAGUCACCAAAAAAAAACAAAAAAUACGUUUCGCGAUUAAGCGGAAAUUAGUCAAGCAAAUAAUAAUAAAUUAUUCAUCUUUGUCCGUCCGUGCGAGUGAGUUUGUGCUCGCGUGCAGUCUCAAGUGAAAAGUGCCUCAAGUGUGUUUUGGGGGCAGACCAGAUCAGAAAAAAAGACAGCCCCAAGAUGAUUGAGAGACGCAGUCAACUGGACAAGAUAAUUAUCACAGCCAUGGACCGAUUCGUCUGGUUCGUUCUUCUGGUGGUGAUGUCCCACCUGGUCACGGAGUUCACCCGCGUCUCCGGCUAUGCCCGCGGCCCACGUCACGAACUUGUGCUGUUAAACGAUACGAUGCUGCAACCGAUGCCAGUACAGAAUAUGCUGCUCUACCCCAGCCACGAGUACGGCCAGUACCAGCAGCGUCCGUCCAUGAACAGCCUGCAGCAGAAUGCAGCUCUCCUGUUCAGUAGCCUGGCUGCAGGGGCAGGAGCAGGUGCGGGAACAGGAGCAUCUGCUGAGCCCAGCAGCAACGCCGCCAUUCUGGCGGUGGGUGACAGCCAGCCUGCACACAAUUCGGAGCCCAGCUAUCCCCUCUUCAGUCUGCGCCCCUUAAUCGACAGCAUUUUCGAGAUUCCCAUUUCGACGCUGCGGGCUGUCAACAAUAUGGUGGGACGUCUGACCGGUAGCUAUCGGCAGGCAACGGCGGAAGUGUCGCAAAAAUCUGUGGCAGAAGGAACGGUUCUGCCCUUGGGCCAUCCCAGCUCCAAUCCCACCGCCGAUUCGAAGUUCUCCGUAUCGCAGCGCAGGGCAAUGCGCGAGGAGAUGGCGUAACUCAAAUCCCGAUUAGUUUGUAGUUGUGCAUGAAUGUUGGCAUUUCUCUAUGUGAAUGCUAGAGUGUUUAACGUGUGUUUUUUUCGUGUGCAUUUAUAUAGUUUGUUUCUUAAUGUUUGACUUUUGUGAUAUAUGUAACAUUGUUGUAAGACUAGCAUAAGGACGUUUAUGUCCGCCCAAAAAAGAAAAUCCAAAAAAACUACAUGUAUUUACGUCUAAAAUAAAUUUACAAGAAA